GGCACAAGCUAUAAGCCCAAUUAUACUUUGUAAUUAGAUUUAUUUUAAUUAAAAUUAAAAGCAAAGCGCGUGACUUGCCAAAAAUACCAGCGACAUCAACAACAACAACAGUAGCAGCAAAAAAGUCGAGUGCUUGUUUAAAUUGGAGUAAAAAUAUAAAAUAUAAACAGCGGCGUUGCCGCCGUUGACGGCUGUCCAGCGAUGACAGCGAUCAGCAAGCGCAUUUGACACGCAGCCCUAAGAUCUCCUACACACACACACACACACACACACACACACACACACUCACUCACUCACACAUACACACGCUGCAUACGUAACCAAAACAUUAACCAAAAAGAAAGAACCAAUUGAUCGCUUGAGCAAAUGUGGAAGAUGCUGGACACCAUGAUGGACAAUAUGCUGGAGGCGGAACUCUUUAUGUUCGAGUGCGACGAGUGCGCCGGCAUGCCGCUGGCGCCGCCACCACAGUUCCUCAUACCCCCACCACCCAGACCGCCCAGCCUAGCCGAGUACACGGUGGUGCCGCAGGAUUGCAAUGACGAGCAAAUGGCGCAAUUGCAAUGGGAGAGCGAUGUCUGCCAAGCCAUGCCGAUUUUGGAUGCCAGCCUAUACAGCAGCCAAUCGUUGGCCACCUCAGCAAUGAUUGCGGUAUUCUCGCUGCUCUUGGUGCUCAUUGUGCUCAUCUCAUCGCUGUUUGUUUGGAAAAACAAGCGCAAGGUGCAGAAUCUGUUGCCCUGCAAGACGCCAACGCGUGGAGCCUUGAGCGGAGCCAUGCCGCUGGGUAGUGGCACGCUCAGUUCGCAGCAUCAUCAUCAUCAUGCCAUGUACGAGGAUCCUGAUGCGCAUUUGGGGCAUCACAGGCCGCUGGUCAUGCGCCAUCAUCAGUAUCAGCAGCAGCAUCAUCAUCAUCAGCAUCCGCAUCAUCAUCAUCACUAUCAGCAGCAUUCGCAUGCAGAGCUGCUGCAAGGCAAGAGCAUACACUAUCCCAGCGGUUAUCCCAUGACGCGGUCACCGCCCUUCCUGGUCAGCUCCUCCCCAGGCCCAGAUCCAUAUCGCUCCAAUGACAACGUGUACGAGGAGCUGGGCCCCGGCCGCGUGGACUCCGACGGCGAAUCAGAGCCGCCGCUGCAUUCCGAUGACGACUUUGCCGAGGACGAGCUGUCGCUGCCAGGCGAAUGCAGCUUCCACAAGGAUGCCACCACGCCAGCCAGCAGCAGCACAGCGCCCAAUGGCACGCCCUAUCACGAGCGUCCAGCUGGCAGCAGCGCAGGCACGACCUCCACACCACCGCGGCCGCCGGUGAGCGUUGCUCAAGCGCCACCGCAGGAACGACACAGCGUGCUCAGCUCUGGUUCGUCCACAGCGCAGGAUGCCUCAACGGCCAGCGCUUCCACUGCCAGCCACAGCCACAGCCACAGCAACAACAGCAGCAGCAACAACAACAAUGAGCAGGCUGCGGCUUUGGUCAACAACAAUGCUGUCGUCCUAUCGCAAACGCAGCGACGCGUGCCGCGCAGUCGCAGCAGCCAGCAGCAGCAGCAGCGCAUGCAGGACGAGCUGAACAACAGCAGCUCAACGGCAGACAUUGCUGACUUGGCGCCCAUGUACGACAAUCGCAGCAACAUGAUGUCCCUUGGCUAUCUGGCGCGCUCCACCGCGCCGCAGUUCUACAAUACGCUGGAGCAUGAAGUGGAGCGUCGUAAUCGCAUCAAUGCGCAACUGAGUCAAGCGCCCAUGGCGCCACCGCCACUGGCCACCAUCUACCGCGAGCGCAUUCGCUACCCCAAUGUGCAGCAAUACGCGCCCAACAGCGUCAACGGACUGAUGGCGGCCACUAUGCGUGCGCGCACGCAGCCGCGACUGCUGGAUCGCCGCUUGGGCGCGCAUCAGCAUCAGCAUCAUCGCAUCCACGCAGCGCCGCUGCCGGCGGAGCCAGCCUACGGCUAUGCGGAGCCCAUGUACAAUGCCAACUAUUACUAUGACAGCGCGGGCACGGGACUGGGUCUGGCUGCAAGCGCAGUGGGCUCGGCGCGUCCUUAUGCGUCCACGCUGUUGCCCAGCUCGGACUACAGACAGCCCUAUGGCGACUCCAGCUUUGGCUCUGAUUCGGGCUACAGUCAUCACACGCCCGCCAGCUCCAUAGGCCGACAGGACUACGAUGUGACUGAGCCCCAACUGCACACCCAACCGCAUUCCCAGCAGCAGCAGCAGCCCAAGUCUAGCAAACUGAGUGCAGCCUUGAGCUUUGGCUGGCACAGAGGCAGAAAAGCGCCAAUGGGAGCUGCUACGGGCAGCAGCAGCUUGCAGGCAACUAGUCCGAAUAACAAUAGCAGCGCCUGCUCGACGGUCACCUCCCAGUUGGAUAACAACAAUGCGUCCAGCUUAUCGCCGGCGUAGAUCCCCCAAACAACUGUUAAAUAGACUUGAGGCCAUGUAAAUAAGCUAAAGCUGUGCAGCUUACUCUCUCUCGCUCUCGCUCUCGCUCUAACAAUAAGUCCUCUAUGUACAGUUAGUUGUAGUUGCAGCCUAGCUCGUAAGCCUACUGUAUUCCUAGCCCUAAGUGUAGUACAACUUCUCAGCUGCGUGUACAUCGUAAAAGCAAUAGCAUAUUUAUUUACAUACCAUAACUUACCUUUGAGCAUAUGUACAUAUGUAUGUGUUGAUGUUAGAGAUCUGCUAAACUUAGUUAGGAGUCACCGACGUCCCUGCACAGCCCUCAGCUUGGGGCUGCUGCUCUGCCAUAAGCUUUCGCUUGGCUUCGCUCCGAGUUGAAAAGUCAGCAUAACUUUAGUGUUAAACUUCUAGCAAGCAAAGAACUUAUAGCUCCUAAGUGUUUUUCCAAUGUGAUUGCCAAAUUCUACAAUAUAAAAACAAACUAAUUUAUA